AUUUUAGUUAAAUGCGUCGCGUGUAAGUAUAGAAAUCUUACAUUCAUUUCAAAUGAGUAAUUUUGGAAGUACGAGUAAUAUUCAAAAACUUGCAAUAGCUUUAUAUGUAAUUUAUUCGUGUAUUUAUUUUAUCGUGUAAUCGUAAGAUUCCCCAUUCUUGUACAGACUAGACUUCCAAAUCAUCAAAGUUGUGAAUAUAUUAUUAUUUAUAUUGAAGUGACGAUAAAACGAUUUUUUUUUCUACAUUUCCUCAUUUUAAAUAUAAAAUUGUCUCGUUUUGUUUUGUGAAUAUUUUUUGUAGCAUGUUCUAUUGUUUUUAUUUUUACUUUUCCCCAAAAUUCUAGUCGUAAAAAAUAAUACGAUUUUGUAUACUUUUUUUCAUUUUUGAACCUUUUAAGCACAAUUGUAAGCGUGGUGUAUAUUUUUAGUUUUAUUAUUUACGGGUUGUUAUUAUUCCUUCAAGUAAACUUAAAUACAGUUUUUCAUGCAAUGUAAAGAAAGGAUUCUUUUUUAAAAAUUUUGAAUCAAUCAGAAAAUUUUACGAAAAGUGCUCAACAACAAUGAACCAAAUGAACAAUUUAUGUAAUAAUAUAGAACAGUAUUGUACAUAGGUAUAUUUUUUUUUUUCAAACGAAAAUUUUCGUCAUUUGUCCACAGUUCGGAAUUCAAUGGUUGAUUACGAUUUGUGAUGAAAUUUUGUUUAACAAUUCAUAACAAAGUCACGCUGCAACUAUAUAUAUACCAAUUCAUAGAUGUGAAAUUUUUACGUGAAGAUUCCCAUUCCCAAGUAAAUUUUUAAAAAUAUCUUUAGAACUUGACGUUACAAAUUUGUCUUCAAUUUUAUCGAUGAUGGAUUCCAACCUGCAUAGAAUAUCAAACAAUGCCAUUAAAAUUGUAAGCUUGAGGAGUUUUACUGAUAACGAAAUAAAGCAGUUAUUCGACCAGUACGGUAAAAUUGAUAAAAUUGUGUCUGAAAACAAUUACAAGAUGAUUUAUUUCAAUUCGGAAGAAGCAGCAGAGCGUUGUAUGAAAGAUUUAGAUCACAUUUUGGCUGCUUUUAGGAGUGUAGAUUUUGACUUCGAUUGCACUGGCGAUACAGCUUGCAAAAGUGAUAAAAGUGAAAAUUUCAGCAAAAUUAAACGACUUUUUAAGCAGCUUACUCAAACGAAACUGAAUCAAAUCGAAUGCGAGAAGGUUUUUACUGAUAAUAAACCUUCAACGAAUUCCGCUUCUGCAAGUGGUAAAUUUCUUCCUUCUUGUUCAUCGCCGGUUCUUCUUAGUUCUGCUGAUCCAGGUUUCAGGUUAGCAUACUGUCAUAAUGUGAUGGAUUUUCAUUCUAGCGAAAAUAAAACAAAGAUCAAGAAAAAAAGCUUCAAUCAAAGUAUAAAGAAAUAUAUUGAUGACACAUUUCCGUCGGGUAUUCAAGAUUUAAUGUUGACUAAUUUGCCAACAAAUAUUAAAAAAGAGGACAUAUAUAAACUUUGUGGACAGAUUCAGCCAGCUUCGAUUGAAUUGAAGACGACAGCAAAUAUCAAUGUUUUAUACGCGUACAUUAAAUUGAAUUCAAAAGAUGACUUUAACAAGCUGAAUCACAACUUAUGCAACUGUUACGUUGAUGGAAUGAAAAUAACAUCAGUUCCUAUCACCAAAAUGACAGAAUCUCAAUAUUUGUCGCCAGAAAUUUUCGCUGCUUUAAAAAAGUAACUAUGUAUUAUUAUUAAUUUUAAAUUCAAAAUAUAUGGAUAUUGUAAAAGUAGAAUGCGUGUAGUGUCUACCUAGUAUCUACGGUACCAAUGACUAGGAGUAAUUAAUACAGUAAAAGGCUAUUGCAUUUAAAAUUCGCCAAAA